GGCGAGGCGGAAGCGCACCUGUGCUGCGUCGAGGCGCAAAGUAAAAAGGUCGUGGGCCAGGAAGGAGACGCUCAGAGCCUCAAGAGACCCCGAGCCGCGAGGUAGGACGAGCAAGGAGCCGUACCCGUGUAGCAGCAGCAGGACCACAGCUCCAUUCCCAACAUGAUGAAGCGAACGAGCAUGCAGCUGCCCGAGAGGAAGAGGUUCUCGUUGGACAAGCGCUGGACGCGGAGCCAAUCGGAGGACCUGUCGGGCAGCGUCUCCUCGGGCGUCCCCAUUGUGCUGCGGCUCCCGCGCGAGUACCGCAGCUUCUCGGUGCUGUCCAGCAGCUCGGCCGUGCUGCCCACCAACUCGACAUGCAACUGCCAGGUGGGCAUCCUGCCCCUGCGUAACUUCCUCGCGCUCAUGGCCGACGACUUCAAGGAGGGGCCCGACCGGGUGUUGACGGUCAACUCGGAAGGUCCCGGCGGCUUCAUGCUCAUCAGCGGCGGGGACUUCAGCAUGGACGGCCAGCACCAUACACUCGUCAACUACCUGCCCAGAAAGUACGUGACUCGCUCGCUCCCGGAGUACACGCAGUACCGCGAGGCCAUCACCAGCAAACCCCUCGCGUUCUUCAUCACCGUGAAGGCCGUGCGUCACGGCACACCUGAAGAUCAGGACUUUGCCGUGCUGCUCAACACACGGCACCCUAAUAUACGCCACCAGCUGAUCAAAGCCAUGGACAAUGCCAUCGCGUCCAUCUCUGGAGAGAGCUAUGUGUUCGAGGUCAGCCUGGAGAAAAUUGUCAAAGAUUUCUUCAGUUCCAAGGAGGGCUAUGCCAAGGACAUUCCGCUCCCCGGCCUCCGCUUCACCUUGCAAUACGAGACGGACGCACUCUUUGACAUUGCUUACUGGUUGGGCUACAGCAAGCGGGAAUUGGUGAUGAAGGUGACGCCUGCCUACCUGACCUGCAGCAGUGAGGAGAAACGCACCAGGGUGAAGCAGCUGCUGGAGAAGAUGAAGGAGGAGCUCGUGCGCCCGGGCAGCUCGGGCAGCUUGGACAGCGACAGCGGAAUGCCCAGGCAGCCCCAGAAGCAAGACUCCAUCCUGGAGGAAGAUGAGGGUGGGGAAGAUGUGUUUGUGUCAUCGUCCCCACGUGCAAGCCUCGUGUCCAGUGGGAAUAACUGACCACCCCAGCCGCUCUGUCCCACACUGCAAUCCGAGACGGCUUGGUCUCAAACGUGCCGUCACUAGCCAAAGAACGACUGCACAGAUCUCGCUGGAAAUCAUCUUGUCAAAUACUACAUUGAGCAUUAAGCUUUCUGAGUAAGUGGUAAUGAACAAAUCCUUUUCGGCGACCUGGGCAGCAGGGUGGCGCAGUGUUAACACUCAUUCCCCACAGCAAGAACGGCCUAUGUUUGAUUCCUAAUUCGGGCGGCGCCCCUCUGUGUGGGGUUUGUAUUCUGUCCUGCUCUGCGUGGGGUUUCUUCAGGUUCUCUGAGGAACAGUAAUAAAUACAGUAGACUCUUGAUUAUCCACUUGCAGUUUAUCCAAUUUGCAGUUUAAGCUCGCACCUUAGAUGUUGACGUAAAUUAAGCCCAAGUGAAUAAUCUAAAAACAUACAUUGUUAUUCUUGGAAAUGUUUAUUACAAGUCACGUGCUUAAACCGAACAAAUAUGUUGAUCCAGUUAAUGCAAAAUCCACGUGAUCGCCUCUACAGUACAACAGUUGCAGAUCUUUACAACAGUGGGCAGAAUUAGAUGUUGAUUGGCGUGGCUCUGUUAUUCACUUCGUGGGCCGAGCACGCAUAUCGAUCGGUCGGUUAUUCUCUCAAAUUUUUUGUUUUGCUCAUUAACAAAUUUUCUCAACUGAAACAUAACUUAUACCCCUACAUUAGUGUUUUUUGGCAUAGAGAUCUGGGGACAAUAGAUGUUUUUGGAUUAUCCGCAAUUUUGAAUUAUUAUCCACGGCCGUCCUGCCCGUCACUAGCGUGGAUAAUCAAGAGUUUACUGUAUACCGCAUUGAACACAUUGUAAUACGAAUUGGCUAAGAAAAUUUUACCUUUAAAACCAUUAAUAGUAUAAUUAAUUAUAGAAAAUUCAAAUGGUACCGGGGUGAUGAUUGCACUUGCGUUUAAAUGGACAAGUAGACGUGUUAAGUGCGCAUAUAGGGAGUUAUGACAAUCGAUAAAGUCAACAAGCGCAAACCUCUAGACAUCUACAGUGUCCAUCUCCACAGACAAGAGCUGUGCGUGUCUGAGUAUCAGUCGUGUAGGUUUGAAGUCGUGGUCACAUCUGCCGGUGGUGAUGUUGUGAUGUAAGUUUUUAAAAAGAAAAAUUAGUCUAAUUUUAUUCAGAGUGGGCUAUUGGAUACAUAUUCAUCUCUCUAAAAGUACACUCGAAUGAGUAGGUACUUAGAGUGGUGUCCAUGUAAUGAGACAUCCUCUGAACCAAGUGUACAUUUUAUGUAUGGGGUAUCCCUCGAUUUACGAAAGGGAUGCGCUCUUCAAUAUUCGCACGUAAAACGAAAUUUCAUGAAUCGGAAUGGCUUUUCUCAUUAAUUUAAUAGCUCGACUGCCAGCCUAAAAAAUGACACCCAUAUCACUUUUCUCAAUACAAAAAUAAUAAAGAACAUAAAUAUGAAAACAAUUGAAUAAUAAUUAAUUAAACACAAAUAAAUUACAGUUUUCAGGGAAAUUCCAAAACGAUCUGUUUGCAUGUUGGAAUGACUGGCAAGGCGAUGUGGAGGCGUUACUGUUGCACUGCAAGGACACCGUGACGCUGUCGUGGAUGGAUGACGCCUGCCAUAGUGAAAUUUUGCCGCUUGCGGGAAAAUCGAUUUCGUCAUUCAAAAAGUGUCCGUAAUUUGUCAAUUGUGUUAACGCGAAUUUUCGCAAACCAAACGUUCUUAAAUCGAGGGAUACCGGUUUACAAAAACGACAAUGUAAAGAUCUCCAGAAUAAUUGUCUCAAUCAUGUUUUCUUGACAUUUCCACAGUGGGUCAAUGAGCCCAGACCAGAUAUUUCACUUUUGGGUGCUACCUGAGGUGGCGGAGCUUUUGCAGAUUCCAAUAUCUUGAUGUGGCCAUUAGUACUGAAUUUUGACAACCAAUCAAAAUGAGUGUGUUACAAAGUAAUCCACUCUUAUUGGCUAUGUAAAUAAAUUGUAGUGACUUAAGCUUCACUACCUUAGGUGGUAUUUCUGCUCUGGCCCGUGGACUACAAAAAUAGGGAUUUGUGCUGGCAUGUGUGGUGGCUGGGUGUGUGGAAUGUGAAUAUUUGAACGUAUUCUCAGUACACCGGUGGUGGUGCGUGGUAUAA